AUGGAGCUUGUUGACAUUGGGAUCUUAGGAGUAGUCUUAGCUGUUGCUAUUAUUAGCAUUCACGCCUCAGAUGUUACGGGAGCAAGUUCAGAUCGCCCAUUGAGAGGAAUUGAAAGACAAUCUCUGUAUGCUGACUCCAUAACAAUCAGCAGAAACAAAAGAAAUCCCAGAAACAACGCAACUAAAUCCAAACUAAAUGAAAAAGAAAGUGGAAAGAAUGUCAAACCGAGUAAAGAAGAAAAGAAAAAAAAGAAACCAAAAGGUCAAGAGAAAAACAAAAAAAGGAGACAACAACGGAGAGGAAAAGAUGACAAAAUAGAAAAAAAAGACGACGGAAAAAAAGGGGAAAAAUUUCAAAUAAUAUCAAAGAAAAGUAAUAGUAAUAACGACAAAAAGAAUGACAGUGAAGAAAAGAAAAAAAAAGACAGAAAAAAGAAAAAGGAAAAAAAAAUUAAGCAAGCGCAUAAGGUCAUAAAACUAGACCAGACAAGAACCCUCACUCGGCAAGUAGAUGAUACUUGCGUCAAGGAUCUGGCAACCUUAGCUUCAGUGGCCUCAAACCAAGCUAGAAAUUUCUUCCAGCAAGCAAACAGAAUCCUUGCAAAUAAUGACAUUAAAACAUCUAAGAGCGGGAAGAAAGGAAACUUCAAGGAUCCUGUAAAAAUUCUUAUCAACAACCUUGGUGGAGAUCCUGCCAACUUGACCUGUUCUGGGAAAGCUAUCAGUAAUGAUACAGCCAAAGAAACAACAAAGACAUUGGAGGAAUGUGAGGCGAACAUUACCAGUGCUUGUGUUGCCUCCCUCCCUGAUGCCAACCUUACAAUAGUUCAAGAAUGCAAGACUGUCACAGAUGAUUUCAGAAAACUAUACAUUGAUCUGUUGGGAAAAAAUCUACCAACUAAAUCUGCUGCUGAGAUAUGUCAAGCAACUAAGGAUUCAACACUGACGACCUUAAUGGAUCAAGUGAGGAAUUGUUCAUUUCUAACCGACAUUGAUAAAGCUCAGAAAGAGGAACGUGGUGCUUGUGAUACAGCGUUUAAGAAUUGCAGACAAGCAGAGAGAGAUACAAUAGCAACAAUAAACAGAUGUGCGACAUGCCCAACUGCAGAAACCGCUGCAUUGGAGAAAGCUGUCCUUGAUAGUUUGGAAAAUGCUUUUAACAAAACUGAGGUGGCUUUAGAUGCGGCACUUAAGGCUACAGGACUAAAUACAGGAGCUGGUUCUAAUGGAACGCUCCCUGCUGAUGCUCUAGCAGGUCUAGCAAACAUAAGUACAGAAGGCGGCCUGCGUGAUGGGUGUAAAGCUAUUCUUCAAGGGUUCAUUAAUUUCAAUAGAUCUGCAGAAGCGUCUGGUUCUGACCCAAACAAGCCCCUAAAUCAAGUAAAUGCAGCUAAAGCAGCUGAAGCAUUGAAUACCAUAAUUUCAAGAACAACCCUUCUAGAAGAUAUAAGGUCAUGCCCUCCUGAAACUAUUCCUGGAACAUAUCCAAGAAUAGUGGCUACCAGUUAUGUAAUUGUAUACAUUAGAUUUUACAUAUUCUGGUGCAUAAAUUGGAGAAGAGUUGUUGUAAUCAUCAGAAUUCAAGUCCUCAUAAAUAACUUUAACGUAACAACAACCACAACUCCACAAAUAACAACUAGAGUGCCUUCUGGAAGAUUACUUCAGAGAGACAAACUAAUAAAAUCUGUUUUCCUUAGAAAAAAUUAGGACAACAGAUGGAUUGAACUAUUCCUGAAAGAAGAUCCACAUUUGCCAAGCCACGGAUUAUAAGAAUGCCAACAAGCUACAUGCUUCCUAAAACUUAAAAAUAACCUAUUAAAAAUGCUGACAAAAGACACACAAAAAAGUGCCAACACAAGACCUUGACUAAAGACUAUAAUUUAACAUGUUUAUUAUAUUUAAAGAUAUUUUCCAUUAUUCAUAUAUGUACAUGUAUAAGUAAAUAAAAGAUACGCAUUGCAA